AUGGAUUGUUAUUCAAAUAUUUAUGAAUUAUGAUUAAGCUUUAUAAUAAAUAUGAGGCAAUUUGGUCUAAUUCUCUUACUUUUGGCUAGUUACACUCUAGCUAUGGAGCACUCAAGCUGUUCAACAAUCACCUGUAGCUCGACUAAGGCUGCUGCAGGAAGUAACUGUGUGACGGUUUCAGGAUCCACAGUUACUCUUAAUCCGUGUGAGGAUGGGUCAUACUGCAACGGUAUAGAGCAAUUUCAAUCAGAUGACAAUCACUAUAACGCUCAAUGCAAUACCUAUUCUACCUCAACAUCAGAUCCUUGUCCAUCAUAUCAUAGCAAUCAAUUAUAGUCCUUGCCCUUUUUUUGUAAGCACUAACUUGCCCUUUAAAUUGAAUAAAGAAUCUAUAAAUUUUCAUUUUUUGCGUACUUUAGCCCCUUUAAAUUAGAAUAAUUUUUUUUCAAUAGGAAAUUUUAUAGGUGAAAAAGCAAGUUUUUAUAAAUAUAAUAGAAAAAGUCUAAAUUAGAAUAGUAUUUAAACAGUUUUAACACUAAAUAGAUUAAUUUUAUUUAAUUAAUUCUUCAUAAAAAUAAAUUAAAUUCAAAAAUUUGAGUUCAAUUAUUUUUUUUUAAUUUUUAAAAAUAAAAUUAACCACUUUGUUUUGGAACAGGGAUUUUUUGUUCAAUUCAAAAGUUGGAGUCAACAAUGCAAAAUUCAUAUUUGCAGCAUAAAUCACUAUUUUUCAGAUUUUGAUAUGCCAUAUUAUUUUGGCACGUGAAUUGCCUAGAACAAAGCAGCAAGAGACAAUAUCAACCUACCUGUACUGCUGCCAAAAUAGCGACUGUGCUAGCAAUAACUGCGAUACUAGCAAUAACGAAUGUAUAGGAAUUGCGGAAGAUGGAGCUAUAAUAAUAAAAUGGCAGCAAUUGAAAUUAGUUCUCUUCGAGAACUAUUCCUCCUUUCGCUUUUAUUAUUAUGGGAUUCAGUUUUCCACGUGGACCUUUAUCCGCAACACCAAUAUGGAAUACCACAUAGGGUAUUUCUUUGGUCCAGAAUAUUAGGAGACAUAUGGUUUUUCUGCUUGACACACCCAAAGGAGUUUCAUCCUUAGGCGGGAACAUGCGAAGGAGUCAAGUUCGGGCGAGGCAGCGCGACCAGUGCAGACCUUUUGGCUAGGCGGCUGCGUCUUCUAGAAUGCUUGAUAGGCAAGAUGGCUGCUGAAGUCAAGAGUUGGGAGUUAAAAGGAUGGGCUUAUGCAUGCUAAAUCAUCCUGCUGAAGAGGGAAGACAUUUUAAAUACCUAAAUAACUAAGUAAGAGAAGAUGGAGCUUGCUCAUCAAGUGACGCCUGUGAGGCUGAUUUAUAUUGCAGCGGCGGAUCUUCAGGUACCUGUGUCCCAACUAAAUCAAACAAAAAAUCCUGCAGCAACGACUAUGAAUGUGACCCUGGGUACGGGUGUUAUGGCUCCUCUUUUUGUCUUCAGUACUUCUCACUAGACGACGGAGAGGCCACUUUUGACGAUAAGUUUUGUAAGUCAGGAAUAUCAAAAAAUUAUAAGUGUGACAGUGUCUCCAUUUAUGUUAACGGCAAUAAAGUUUCAGAGCCAUGGGCCUGCACCAUAGGACAAACUUGUACCUACACCUGGACCAUUGCUGGAAAUUCGUACACGGAUUCAUCGACAUGUGAAUGUGACGGUAAAGGCUCAAAUACAGGAUAUUGCCCUAUUAGAGAUCUUCCUGCUAUUACUGGAUAUAGUGAUGAUUUCUAUGAGAAAUUCCAAUAUGAUAGCAGUGAUUGCUCGGGCAGUAUGGCCCAUAUAACAAGUUUAAAUUAUUUGAGCUCUUUGGUCUAUUGCAAUUCUAUAGACCAGGAUGGACUGGAUUAUAGGAACGAAAUGAUAAUGAUUAAAGAAGCCUGGUCGCUUUAUGCUUCAGGGCAAAUAGAUGAUUGUGCUAGUGAUAUGGGAAUCUUUGAUCCAAGUGAAGAUAUAGACUCAUGGGAUUCAGCAGAGUUUCUUGCCCUUUCAGGUCUUCUUAUUCUUCUUAACUAA